AUGAGAUACUUGCUUUUCAUUGCACUUUUCCUCAUCUCGCCAACCAAGGCUGCGGUAAAGUGCUGGGUGGGCGCCACGUCGAGUGAGAUCACGGUUGACACUACAAGUGCGAGCGUCAAACAGUACCCAUGUGAAUGCGGAGACUACUGUUUAACGGGUUACAUCGGAGGGCCAACUGGAGUCAAGAAUGUGAAUUUGUACUACUGGUCGUGCGGUUGUCUUGGUCAAGAUCAAGCUGAAGAUAAAGCAAUUCAAAUUUGCUCGAAAGAGGGAAACAGUGGAAAUAAGGCAUAUAACACGAUAAUCAAAACGCAAUGUCUCUGCGGUAAUUCGUGUGCCAAGAUUUUCUUUGAGGGUAAUUACGUGAGAAUGUGUGGCUGCAAUGUGCUGAUCGAUAACAGCCAGUGCGAUUUCUGCUCUCCUCCUAAAAACACGACAACCUGCUGCACAGAGGAUCUUUGCAAUGCUGUUCAAAAUACACCUGAUUUGAUUCCUGAAGCGAGAAUCGAGCGAUGCGAAUGCGGUUCUUUCUGUUUUGCUGGUCAUUUUGUUGUUCAGAACGAUUUUCAUUGGGGAUGUGCGUGCAGAUAUGAUGUGGACCUUUGCGAAAGCCCUGGAUACUUUGACUUGGGCUACGCUGUUGGCUAUUGUUGCAUGGGAGAUGAUUGCAAUCAAGGAAAUGCCCUUCCACCCCAACCAUCACAACCAUUUCAACGAGAAAGUUCAGCUCCUACUUUCGCAAUCUUCUCUUUCAUCACCCUUAUCUGCUACUUUUUAUCUUUUCAG